UGCGCUAUGUUAUUGUUUCGCAAGAAAUAGAAAUACCGUCAAAACAAAAUGGUUCCUUUGGUUCAAAUUGUGUUUAUUAUGCAUUAAAAUGCAUAAAUAAGUGCUAUGUGUACGGAGGAAGUGUUUCUUAUAUGAACUUUCAACGAAGAGAAACGGAAUUGGUUACUUUAUGAAAUCCAUAAUGUUGUCAUGAUUAUGGUCUCAUGGACAAAAGAUGUGUGGGGUGGGUUUGUGGAAUCGCUAGUUUAGCAACUGUCGCUCCUUUACAUUAUGAGGGAAAUGGUAGGAGGUUGUUGCGUUUGUUCUGAUGAUAGAGGCUGGUCUGAAAAUCCUCUUGUUUAUUGUGAUGGACAGUCAUGCACUGUGGCAGUACACCAAGCUUGUUACGGAAUUGUAAGUGUGCCAACAGGACCAUGGUAUUGCCGCAAAUGUGAAAGCCAAGAAAAAACUUCAAAGGUGAAGUGUGAAUUAUGUCCUAGUCGUUAUGGUGCUCUUAAACGAACUAACAAUGAAAAAUGGGCACAUGUGGUAUGCGCUUUAUACAUACCCGAAGUUCGGUUUGGGAACGUCACUACUAUGGAGCCUAUUCUGUUGCAUCUGAUUCCAGCAGAACGUUUCAAUAAGGUGUGUUAUAUCUGUGAAGAGAAGGGAAAGCCGUCUACAGCUGCUAUUGGCGCUUGCAUGUCAUGCAAUAGAAUAGGUUGCAAGCAACAAUUUCAUGUAACUUGUGGUCAAAGUCUAGGUCUUCUUUGUGAAGAAGCUGGAAGUUUUUUGGACAACGUCAAGUACUGUGGAUAUUGCCAAUAUCAUUAUAGCAAAUUGAAGAAAGGAGGUAACGUUAAACCGAUACCACCAUAUAAGCCAGUGUCAGAUAAUCAUUUGACUGAUUCAGGUUCGGAAAAAGAAGCUGAAACUGCACCAUCAACUUCCUCAAAACCUGUUUCUUCCUCCACUUCAACGACCAACUCAACUAAUUCAUCGAGUAAACGUAAAUCAACGUCCAGCUCAAAAACGUCCAACUCUUCAAAGACGAGUGGCAGCAACUCAAAAAGUUCCUCUAGCCCCAGCAAUUCUAAAACUUCUCAUCAUAACUCGAAAAGUUCAGAUAAAAGCAAAGUGAGUAGUUCAUCUUCGCGAAGUGCCAAAAACACUGAUAACCAUACUGAACAUUCAAGUGAUUCUAAGACUGACAAAAAGGACAGUAAGUCCGAAAAUAACGAAGAAUCGAAAACUUCUGAAUUGAAAGAGAGUAAAGGCACAAAGAAGCGCAAAUCGAACUCUAGGACUCCCACACCUGUGACUUCUGUUGUUUCAAGUGACGUGACUGUGGUUAAUUCAAACGCUACUGUUAGUAAUAGUGAAAGUAGUGUAGUUAAUAGUUCAGAAAAAAAGGAUACAGUUAUUAGUUCAGGAGAAACUGUAGAUAAAGCUAAAAAGCUAAAGGUAGAAACUACACAAUCAAUAAUCUCUAACCAACCAGUCGUUGCCUUAACUUCAAUAUCAACUAUCAAAGCAGUUCCACCUCCUUGUACUUCAGCUUCGGAACCUCCGAUAGUGCCUCCUGAAACAACAACUGUAGUUUCAUCAACUGCUCAAUCAAUCAUACAAUCAACAGCACCUCAAUCACAGGCUGGCUCCCUAGCAGUGUCAUUGCCACUUUCCAGUAAAACAUUGAGUCCUGUAUCUGAAGCAAGUGGUAGUGCUCAAAGUAUAUCAACAUUACCCAAUAUCACCGCACCACAACAAGAUAAAAGUAACGACGCCACCAAACCACAAGCGGCAGGAGGAGAUUUAUCCAGUAAUUUAGAUUCAUUAAAUCUUGAAGAGGAAAACGCUCAGUCAAGUAUGCUGACAUCAGAAACAAGUACAGGAGGUUUGAAAAUAACGUAUGAAAAGCAAGAAGCCAUGAGUACUAACACUACCGAAGAAGAUAUGGAAUUGGAGGAAACCCAGGCAGAAGUACCUGCUAAGCGAACCAGAUCUCAAUCAAAUGAUAAGACUGAAAAAUCAGUUACAAAUCGCGGGAAGAAACGUAGUAGCGGUGGAGGAUUGGGGGGCAAUUCAAAUAGCUCCCACAUAAACAAUAAUUCGAAUUCUAAUAUUUCCAUGGGUAAUCGAAGGUCAAGUCGAUCUCAGAUGAACGUUUCACCUAUUCCAUCACAAAGCUCCACACAAAGUCAUCAACUUGGAGCCUUCUCCAGUAUAACUCAGAACCAGUUGAAGAAUUCCCCACCUAGUAGUCCAAGUUCAGAGAGCCAAGGGGCUCCACCCAGUACUAGUAAAAAUAAAUCUAAGGGAAGAAAAAGUGCACCUGCUGUUUUCACUCCAAGUUCUAGUAGAGAUAACAAAGAUGUUAAAUUAUUUCAGAAUGGUGUUACUGCCCCACAUAUGCUAGGAAAUCAACUAAAUCCCAAUUCAAAUAUGGCCCAAAAAAUGUCGGAUCAUUUGAACUCUGAGCUUGAAGCUCAUAGCAUUUUCAAUCCAAAUGAGAAUGCUAAUAUGGUUGGCCCGCAGUUACAUCAUAAAGUUGUUGCUUCUGCGCGAUCAAAUAGUGUAGGUAGUUCAAAUUCAGGAAAUGGUGGUUUAAGUGGUAUGCUUGGAGGAGGCAGUGGUAAUAUUCCCCAAACAUUGGAUCAGCUUCUGGAGAGACAGUGGGAGCAGGGUUCUCAGUUCCUCAUGGAGCAAGCACAACAUUUCGAUAUCGCAUCUCUUUUGUCCUGCUUACAUCAAUUGAGAGCUGAAAACCUUCGAUUGGAGGAACACGUCAGUUCUCUUCUACAAAGACGAGAUCAUCUAUUAGCUGUGAAUGCUAGACUAGCUAUUCCUUUAACUGGACAGCCGGCCACUCCUCAAACCACACAUCCUCACACAGUCAAUAACAUUCAUCCUGCUGUAGCUGCAGGACACAGUGAUAUUCCCCGUUCAAGACAUAGUGCAGGAAGCGCAAGCUAUCCAGCUCAUCCUCAAGGAUCUAGUGCUGAUGUUCCCCUUGAAAAUGGUUUACCGCCAGAUACGAAUCAAACUUACACUUCUCAUCGUAGUCCGGUUACUGGACAACCACAGAGAAGUCCAACUGUGAGAUUAUCUCCAGCUGGAUCCAGCUUUUCUAGUAACUCGUUGAUAAGACAAAAUUCUGAUACAAGUGGACGUUCUGCCCCUCGUCCUCAGCAAUACUCACAUUAUCAAGGAACCAGUCAAUCUCAACAACAGAUGGUAAUCCGUAGAGAUAAUGAACAUCAUCCGAGUUCGAAGCCUAGCUGAGAAUUCCUAGACUCUUCAUUCACCCUACUCGAGCUCUUGGACAUGAAGUGAUCUACUUCUUGGAUUAUACUCGAACGUUACGUGUUUAAGUUUUGAUUAUUUAUUUUCUGUCGAAAAAGUUGAUUUGUUAUGCGAAACCGGAAAUUGGUUGAUGACCGUUAAUUACUCCGUAAUAGUAAUUGGUAUCCAAUGUUUGUCAAACUUUCAUUUACGUUGAUCUAUGAAAAUUUUGUGUACUUCUUUUGACUGAAUGUAUUAUUUUAUAUCUUGAACAAUUAUUCGAAUGAAGAGGAUUCAAAAAUGAUCGGAAAAAUAUAUUGCAAUUUGUAUUUGAAGCAACAGUCUUCAACAAUUGUGCCAUUUACAAUCUAUUCAUUUAUUUAUUGCGGUAUUAAUCUUAUUUCCAGAUGAUGCAUUCGCUUCAUUCUUUAAUAAAUAAAUAUGUUUUAAUUUAAUAACAAGAUAUGAAAAUUAUGAUUUUUGUUAUAUGAGUUGGGUAAUUUGAAUUCUUAUUUUAAUUGCAUAAUUUCCUAUUGUUGUAUAGUUUUGUUGAAUUUUUUAUUUCCUUUAUUCAAAUUAAUAUUGGCAAUUCAAUAAUCGGUGUACAUGUUCUGUUUCAAGAAUAUUAGUAACUCUUCAAGACUUCCAUUGAAAACAGUUACAUCGACUUUAAAUUAAUGCAUGUGAAACAUUUAAAUUGAGACUGUUUCUUUCCAGAAAAAAAUUGCCAAAUUUUACCUAAUAAUUAUUCUAUAUGGGGAAAGAAUAAUGUAUAAGAUUCGUACUGAUGCUCAAAAAUUUAAAAAGUGAUCCAAAUUUAUCAUGUUUCAUUUAUAUUAUAAAUAAUUCAACUAAAUAGUGGUAGGUGUGAAUUUGAUAGAAGUAAUAUUUUUCUCAGGGAUACAACUAUUCAUAAAGAUAAGGUUAACAGCUGGUUAGAAUUUAAUUGUCCUCACUCGAGAGUAACUCGGAAUGUAAGCCUCAAAAUAUUUAUUUGGGUUGCAGUACCACAGAAAGUUGUUUCAUUGGACCGUAUAAUAUUGUACCUGACUUAUUGAAUUCGCUUAUUUUUCAGUAGUGUCAAUGUUUAUCUUCUCGAAAAUUCGCAACUUUCAUGUGUUACUUAAAUUCAAAUAAUUGCAAUAAUAUUAUAAGCCAUAUUUAAUAUGAAUAUUAUCAUGAGACUUUUAACUCAACAUACCAGUAAAAGGCCAUAUUAGUAAUAAAUGGACAUUUUUAUUUUAAGUGGACAUGAAUUCAACUUCUCGUUGCCUAGGAAUAAAUAAGAAUUUGACAAAUACUAAAAAUCAUAUUGUUUCAUUUAUGUGUAUAAUUCUGUACAAAAAUUAUCUUAGUAGUUGAUGAGAUCACAAAUACAGAGAAAUCCCUAUUUUUAACCGAAUAUUUUUGGGAUUUUUUGUACUUUUAUAUCAUUAAGUCUUUUCUAGAGAAGAAAGAUGCGAUGUAGAUGUAUUUAUCUCUUCAAAUGUAUAUUUUGUUUUAUUUUUGUUUUGUAAUAUAUAUAAAUUUGUAGAA